CAUCAGUGCUGCCAUCUCCGGUCAUAUCGCGAAGUGUUUUUUGUGGUGUUUUCCUGGCCAGAGAGCGAGGCAAUUUUGAGCGAUAAUUUGGAAUAUUGUCGCCGUAAGGACUGUGCUGAAGGGCGGACAAUAUGAUUGGGGGACUAUUUGUCUACAACCACAAAGGGGAAGUCCUCAUUUCGCGUGUCUAUCGCGAUGAUAUUGGGCGGAAUGCUGUGGAUGCUUUCCGGGUGAAUGUGAUCCAUGCCAGGCAGCAGGUUCGUUCCCCUGUGACCAAUAUCGCUCGAACCAGCUUCUUCCACAUCAAGCGUGCAAAUAUCUGGUUGGCUGCUGUCACGAAGCAAAAUGUGAACGCCGCAAUGGUGUUUGAGUUUCUCCUCAAGAUCAUCGAUGUGAUGCAGUCGUAUUUCGGAAAGAUCUCCGAGGAGAACAUUAAGAAUAACUUUGUCCUCAUUUACGAACUUCUCGAUGAGAUUUUGGACUUUGGCUAUCCCCAAAAUACCGACACGGGGGUCCUGAAGACCUUCAUAACGCAGCAGGGCAUAAAGUCCGCCACGAAGGAGGAACAGGCUCAGAUAACGUCCCAGGUGACGGGGCAGAUUGGAUGGAGGCGCGAAGGGAUAAAGUAUCGCAGGAAUGAGCUUUUCUUGGAUGUUCUUGAGUAUGUGAAUCUCUUGAUGAGCCCCCAGGGGCAGGUGCUCUCUGCUCAUGUUGCCGGUAAGGUGGUGAUGAAGUCCUACCUGUCGGGCAUGCCGGAAUGCAAAUUCGGCAUCAACGAUAAGAUCGUGAUGGAUGCAAAGGGACGCGGUGGGAUCUCGGGGAAUAAUGAAUCUGAAACAUCUCGCUCGGGGAAGCCAGUUGUCGUCAUUGAUGACUGCCAAUUUCAUCAGUGUGUUAAAUUAAGUAAAUUCGAGACCGAACACUCCAUUAGCUUCAUUCCGCCCGACGGGGAGUUCGAGUUGAUGCGCUAUCGCACCACAAAGGACAUCUCACUGCCCUUCCGCGUGAUCCCGCUCGUGCGUGAGGUGGGACGUACUAAGAUGGAGGUUAAGGUGGUGCUCAAGUCGAAUUUCAAGCCAGCCCUUCUGGGGCAGAAGAUUGAAGUUAAAAUCCCAACGCCCCUCAAUACGUCGGGGGUCCAGUUGAUCUGCCUCAAGGGGAAGGCUAAAUACAAAGCGUCUGAGAAUGCAAUUGUCUGGAAGAUUAAGAGAAUGGCUGGGAUGAAGGAGACACAGCUGUCGGCGGAAAUUGAAUUGCUCGAAACGGAUACCAAAAAGAAAUGGACCAGACCACCAAUUUCAAUGAACUUUGAGGUUCCAUUUGCACCUUCUGGCUUCAAGGUGCGCUAUCUCAAAGUUUUCGAGCCAAAAUUGAACUAUUCGGAUCAUGAUGUGGUAAAAUGGGUGCGCUACAUUGGACGCAGUGGACUGUAUGAGACAAGAUGCUAAGGAAACUCCUUAAAAUCUGCAAAAAAAGAGCGCAAAAAAGCGCUAAAAAUAAGAGAAUAGUAAUGUAAUAAAAAAAUAAUUUGUGUGUAUAAAAUGAAAUAAUUCUCAUUCCAAUAAUAUAUUAGCCAUAUGAGAUAUAUUAUGCAUUAUAUUACACCCAAGAAUAUAAAUAAAAUACAAUGACAUGCAGGAAAGGUCAUUAUUUGCUUCGCGUAUUCCACGAUCAUUGAGAAUAAAUAAAAUAAAUAUAUAUUAAAUAGAUAAAAUGACAAAGAAUGUAGCAAUGUAAAAGCAUCCGUUAAAAUAAAAUGUUAAAGCGAUAAUAA